AUGUUUUCAAUUCAGAGCAGUCGUCCUGAUCCACCCAACCCGGGCAAUCACCGAUCAAGAGUCCUCAACACCAAGCAACCGAUUGGAAAUCGCACAGAUUCUCAUGAGGCAUACUGUCAAUGCGCCCGGGAGGCUGCGGAAAUCUGGUCGCUGAUCCAGCAUCUCCCCGAAGUCAGUCUCGAUAUUGUCAUGGCUGCAAGCGAUCAAGCUCUUGAAGUCUGGGGCAAAUCUCAAGCUUGUCAGGCAUGUCCCAGAAGCUUCUACGAGACCCUAUCCAAGGUCUAUGCGAAGCUGGUGGACUGGUUCGAGUCGGCCGUGGCCACGUAUACCACACCCUCGGCGCCAUCGUCCAUCUCGGGAGACAAAGUCGCCAGAACUGACACUGCCGAGUCAGUGGCGGAUGACCUAGCCACAACCACAUCCGAGCGAGAUCAGCGACAGCGAUUGCCACAGAGUAGAGGUAUCCGAGCAUCUCCGGCCCGGGCAGUGUGCCUACCUUCGCCCAUGUCGCUUGGGGAAUAUGAGUUCGAUGAGGAGCAAAGCCGACAUCUGGCCUUUGACCUGAUCGGUAAAAAGCUGAAGGAGCUGGCCGCUGUACUGCACCAGAUGCAGCAGAUGCAGCUUGAAAGUCACAGUGAUACGCAUGAUGUAGGACACGGCCUGAAUGCCACGUUUGCUCGGACCUUGAGGUUGCUGAGCAGCCAAAAUACCGCUUUGGCGAAUAACUAG